AUGAGGAGCUCAGUGCACGUGCCAGCCGCGGUGGAGGCGCUGCUGGGCCACCCAGUGGCGGCCCUGUCGGAGAGGCGGGCCCCGCGGCUGACGCGGCUGCUGUUAAACGUCACGGUGGAGCGGAGCCUGUGGCCGGUGCACGUGCUGCUGGGCGCCGACGCCACCGUGGCCGACCUCGCGUGUGCCGCCGUCGCCGCCUAUGCCGCCGAGGGGCGCAGGCCGCCGCUCCCUGCCGAUGACACCGCCACAGACGCGGCCGCACGGUUUGAGUGGCCGCGGCAAUCGCGUCAGAGCGCGAUGGGCGGGCACGAGCCAGAGCGUGCAAGGCGCGGCGAGUGGGAGGUGGGUGAGUCGUGGAGCAGCUCGGGCAUGUCCGUGCGCUUGGGUAUAAAACCCUCUCCCCGCUGUGUGAGUCGCUGA